UUUUUAGUUAGAUCAUAUGAGAAUAGCUUAACAUACAAAAUCCUGUCAAGUGCUAUAAUAAAAAAAAAUCUUCACUUUUGAUGAUUAAGAUUUGAUUAAUACAGCAGAAACAACUCCUGAUUCUUCGGGGAAUUAAGAAAAACCGUAAUUAGUGGUUUUUAGAAACUAAAUACCCUCUGAUUCUUAAAUCGCAAGAGAGCUUCAUGAAGCAUCACUAUAAUCACAUUGGUAUGUAGAAACACCUAAAGAAUAUUUAGAUAAACGUAUCGUGAAGCUUAAGAAACAAAAAUGUAAAUUUUUAGUUAAAUACUUAUUUUUAGAUGAAAAAGUUGUUGUGUUGGAUUUAGAUGAAACAUUAAUCUAUCAUAAGCAUCAUAAGACUUAAGUUCGACCAUUUUGCCAUGAAUUCUUAGAAAGAUUAUCAAGAAUCUGUAUUUUAGUACUUUUCACUGCUGCUAAAUCAGAGCACGCAAUAAACGUAAUUUAAUUGAUAAAUUUAAAGAUGUUAAAAAUAAUAGAUCCAAAUAAAAAGUUGUUCAAAGCCACUUGUACAUCAGAACAUAUGAUUGGUAAUGUUAAAGAUUUGAGAAUUUUUCAAACUGAUCUCAAAGAUAUUGUAAUUGUUGAAAAUUCCCCCAAAAAAUUUAUGUAUAUUCAUUUUCUAUUUAAGAGCUUAAAUUAAUAACGGCAUUCCAAUAUUACCAUUUGAAGGUCAAUAAAAUGAUAAUUAGCUUGAACUUUUACUUUCCUUUUUAGAAAUACUUCUUUUAGAUGAUGAUGUACGUGUUUAAUUAGCAAAUAUCUUUAAAUUAUAAAAUUUUUAUAAGGAACUAAAUGGAAAAUAGGCCAUAAACAAGUUAUAUAAUUCUAAAAAAAUUUUAUGACUUUUAAUUUGUAAACAUUUAUAUUUUAACUAAAUAAAUAUAUCAAAUUGUUAUUUUUAUAAAGAAGAAGAAAAACUUAAAUCCUCUACAAAACCGACAAAAUUUUAAUUAGAUAAGAAGAUGUUAAUACUCAUCCCUAAAUAAGAAAUGCACAACUGUUUUUCUAAAUAUAAAAUUAUAGAAAGGCAGCCGUAAACCUAAGAUAAUUAAAGAACUAAUCAAGCUUCCAUAACCAUAAAUUCAAUGUAUUUCUUCUGUAUUUAUUCAGGAUAUAUUGAGUACUUCCCUGAACCCAUUCCAAUACCAGAAACUAUUAAACAAAUUGAUACAAAAAUAUUAACUUAGAGAAAAUAAUAGUAUAAAUUUAUUUUUUCUAUUUAUAAUGGAAUAAACUAAAAAACAAAAAGAAUUUUAAGAACAAUCAAGAAAUCUAGAAGAGGGAUUUGUAUAAAAACAAUCUAUAGAUUUUUUGACCAAUCUAAAUAUAUAACAACCAAUAUAAUAAGGAAAAAUAAAUUACAAAUUGAUAAUAAUUAAUCAGAUACAUAUAAAUAAGAAAAUUAAAAGAUUCCUAGGAAAUAGUAUCAAAAUUAUUUAAAAUACUUAUAUAAAACGAGACUUAUCAUCUAAGCUAUUCUGAAGCUGUUAAAAAUCGAGAUUGUAUAUGUGAUAAUAUGCUUGAAUGACUCUACAUAAAAAGAUAAAUCCAGCUCUGUGUGCAGUAAUAAUUUUAAAAAAUAACAAUUUUUAGUAACUUAAGGGGAAACCUCUUGUUUUAAACAUAACAUCAUUAGCUCAAAUUUAAUCAGGAAGCUGAAGGAUGGAUAUUGAAGAGCAUAAAUUAAAUUUUUUUUAAUAGAUAAAAUGAUCCAACUAUGCCAGAAGUAAUAAUUCCAACUUUUAUGAUUAAAAGAGACACUAUGGCAAAAAUAUCCUCACAUAUUUAUUAUUAAUUUAAAGAUAUCUUUAAGAAAGAUUAUUCACCAAUUUAUAGGUAAUAGAAUCAUUAUGAUUUUCCUGAAAUGUAUAUAAAAUAUUUUAGAGGAAGAGGAGAGAGGAGUUCAAAUAGAAAUGA